AUGUUACUGCGGCUGAUCGACCAGGCCAAGAAUAUUGACGGACCAAAAGAUGACAACCCCUUGAGUGUUGCAAAAUUCGCCACAGCCGUGCACAACAUCGCUGUGUCCCUGGAGCAGCUCGAUGGGGGGCGAUACUUAACAUCAGUGAGUGUGGUAGACGACCUUGAGAGAAAGCUCACGCCCAUAAUGCGAAUGCUGUGGUCUGAAGCGGUUUAUAAAAGGACGAAUUACACUGUGAAGGAUCUCUCCCUUUGGCUGCAGCAGAGGGCCGAGGCGGCUCUUUCCAUUGCCCCAAUAAACACCACCAAAUCUACUCGGUCAAAUACCAUCGCUCUUAAGGAACGCAAGAAGUCAAGUGUGCGUUCCGUCCUUUCUGUAGUCAGUCAGGGCGAAGAGAACACAAAGCGGGGAUGUGCAAAUUGUCAGGAGGAUCACUACACAACAGUGUGCCCAAAAUUGAAGGAGAUAACUCCCGAAGGAAGAUUCGUACGUGUAAGAGAGUUGAAGCUGUGCCUCAGUUGCCUCGGGAAAAAUCACAGAAUUGUUAAUUGCUUCAGACGACGUCCGUGUGGUAUUGAAGGAUGUAAAAGGCAACACCAUCGACUUCUUCAUCAGAAAGUGGAGAAACCAGAAGAAAAGAAAGCAGAAGAGGAAGUGGUAACCUAUUUUUCAAUUAACCUAGAACUUAAAGAAGGUCCUACACACAAUGUGUGUCAUGAUCAUUGGCACUGUGGUGGUGUCGGAUCCGUAGAGGAAGUUGACUGGCCUUUUCCGGCAAUCAUUGCAGAGGAAGUAGCUUGUCAUUUUCCGACGGAGAGUAUACCAAAGCAAGUCAAGCAUUUUAAAAUGUUUGACUAUUGGCACUGUGGUAGUGUCAGAUCUGUAGAGGAAGUUGAUGAGCCUUUUCCGGCACCUACUGCAGAGGAAGUGGAUUAUCAUUUUCCGACAGAUAGUCGUGAAACGGAAAUCAAUUUACAAUGGCUGGAUAGUAAUACCAGGCAAAGAAGUACUACAAAGGCAGUGACGUUUGAUAUCAAAGGAUGGAGAUCCAAAGAUAAAUGGUUUAAUAUUCCUCAAUGUUACACCAUUGAUCAGUUAGAGUUGCCACAAGUUCACGUUCAUCGUGAAGAAUUGAUACAAAGAUUCCCUUAUUUGGCAAAGGUCGAAUUUAAGUCUAUUACCGGGGAUCGUCCUAAAAUACUCAUUGGGGAGGACAAUGCAGGAAUUACUGCAACCAAACAAUUAAUUCACGAUUCGCUAAACAACCCAGUAGCUUCUUUGACGAAUCUUGGCUGGAUUAUUAGCGGAUCAACGGGCGAAACUUGUAAAAGGAAACGUUCUGUUGAUGUAGUAGGUCAUGCGUGUCAAGAAUUGAUAGAGCUUAUCAAGCAGCACUACCAAUUUGAGGACAUUAAGAUGAAAACUGAGAAUUCCUUUUCUUUAAACAAAGAUGAAAAGAAAGCACUAGAGAUUCUGGAAUCAGUCACAAGACGAGUUGGGAAACGGUUCGAAACGGGUCUCCUCUGGAAAACCCCGAAGCCUGAAAUGCCAGAUUCCAGAGCUGCUGCUUGGCGAAGACUUCAGCAAGUAGAGGCAAAGAUGGAUAAAGACCCAAAAUUCAGAGAUCAAUACUCUGCAAAAAUCCAAGAUUAUUUGUCAAAGGGUUACCUGGUCCCACUGGAUGAACAUGAGAAGGGUAUGCCGAAAGAAAAUGUGUGGUAUCUGCCUCACUUUGGGGUGACAAACCCUAACAAACCAGGGAAGAUACGUCUAGUUUUAGAUGCAGCAGCAGAAGUGAACUCCAUAUCUUUAAAUAAUAGUCUUCUAAGUGGGCCAAAUCUGACUAUAUCAUUGACCGGGCUACUCAUGCGAUUUCGAAUUGGUCAACAUGGAUUCGUUGGAGAUAUAAAGGAGAUGUUUCAUCAAGUACGAAUCUUGCCAGAAGAUCAGAAUUAUCAAAGGAUACUGUGGCGAGGAAACUCUCGUGACACGUUUCCAGUUGAAUAUAAAAUGACUGUCAUGAUUUUUGGUGCAACGUGUAGCCCAGCAGUAGCCUCAUAUGUAAAAAACAAGAACGCAGAGGAAUAUGCUGAAGAAUUCCCAGAAGCCACCCGAGAGAUAGUAGAGAAUCACUAUGUAGAUGACUACUUAGGCAGUGCUGAUGACGAAACCUCCGCGAUAAAACUGAUUAAAGAUGUGGUUCACGUUCACAAGAUGGGAGGGUUUCAGAUAAGGAAUUUCGUAAGUUCCUCACCCGUGAUUAUCAAUGGACUUCCACCCGAUCUACGGCUUCCGAAAUUGAGUGUAGAUUUAGAUUUCGAUAGUAAAUUCGAGAAAGUCCUCGGGGUAUGGUGGGAGCCUCUUACGGACGUUUUUUCAUUCCGUAAUCGAGAAAAUGUGGAUACAGAGAAUUUGCCUACCAAACGUCAAGCCUUGAAAACACUAAUGAAGGUAUAUGACCCUGUCGGUUUCGUAGCACAGUUUAUCAUAAGAGGCAGGAUUAUAUUCCAACGUAUUUGGAGAUUUGGAACGGAUUGGGAUCAGCAACUUCCAGCUGAACUAUGUCAGCAAUGGAAAGCGUGGGUUGCACAAUUAAUCCAUUUAAGUGAUGUCGAAAUUCCAAGAUGCUAUGCUCCAUUGGAGUACAGGCAGGGCCGUGUAGAACUACAUAUCUUUACGGAUGCCAGUGAAGAUGCGUAUGCAGCUGUAGCCUAUUUUCGUUUCGUAAAUUGCAUGAAAAUUCAUGUUUCUCUAGUAACGGCAAAAGCAAAGGUUGCACCACUCAAAUCAGCAUCAAUCCCUCGUUUGGAACUUGAAGGUGCAGUACUCGGAUGUAGACUUAUGCAGGUGAUUCAAGGGGAAACCAAAAUUGAAAUCGAUAGAAAGGUCUUUUGGACGGAUUCAGUUGUCGUGCUGAAUUGGAUUAGAGCGGAUUCUCGAAGCUAUAAGCCCUUUGUGGGAAACCGGGUCGGAGAGAUACAAGAGGUUACUAAUCCUGACGAGUGGAAAUGGCUACCAACUGACCUCAAUGUGGCAGAUAUUGCUACAAGGGAUACAGGAAAUACCGACUUCUCUCCGGAGUCAACAUGGUACAGUGGUCCUGAAUUUCUGUACAAAAGUGAGAGCGAAUGGCCACAACAAAGAGAGUCAUCAGAGUUUGUAGCUGCCACCAUCAAACAUAGUUGGGAACCCGUGAUUGAUAGCAAAAACUAUAUGCGUUGGAGUCAUAUUCAUAGAGUGAUGACAUACGUGUAUCGAUUCCAGCGAGCUUGUAGGGAGAAAUGGAGAACAAUCGGUCAUUCCCAACUGGGAAGCUCAGUCAUCUUGAGUGCCACAGAUUGGGAAGGAGGGCUUAGGUAUUUACUGCUCCAUUCGCAGAGAGAAAGUUUUGGAAUGAGCAUGAGCUCUGAGUCAAGGACAGGCGAACUUCAACUUCUAAACGUCCCUAGAGGAAGUUCAUUGUACAAGUUCAAUCCUGCCAUCGACUCGUGUGGUAUAAUGAGAGCAUCAGGCCGUUUGAAUAACAUGCCCCUGGUGAGGGAGGAUUUUAAAAACCCAAUCCUGCUUCACGCAGAUAAUCGUAUUGUUCAGCUGCUGCUUGAAGAUUUUCAUGUUCGUCUGGAGCACUGGAGAGCGGACUUUGUACUUGCUGAGCUCCGUCAGCGAUAUGAAAUCAUCAAGGGACGUGCUACUCUUAAACGUCUACAGAGAGGAUGCAAGACAUGCCAAGUAUCGAAAGCCAAACCGCAGAUUCCUCUUAUGGGGCAACUGCCUUCAGAACGUUUGAGUAUGCAUGUCGUUCCGUUUACCAACACAGGAUGUGAUAUGUUUGGACCGUUAUACGUCAAGAGUGGAAGAAGCGAGGUUAAAAGAUACGGUAUGAUCUUCACGUGCAUGACGACACGCGCCAUUCAUUUGGAGUUAUGUUGUUCCCUUAGCACGGAUUCCUGUUUGUUGGCUCUCAGAAGAUUUUUCGGACGAAGAGGAAAUCCUGCAAAGAUCAUAUCGGACAACGGAACUAACUUUCGAGGUGCAGCUAGAGAACUGAAGGAAGCAGCAGCAUCUUUGGAUCACGCCAAGGUCAAAGCAAAACUCGCUAAGAUGAAUAUUGAAUGGGACUUCAACCCACCCUACUCGCCUCACAUGGGCGGCUGCUGGGAAAGAUUAAUAGGACCUGUGAAGCGGGCAUUGAAGCAAUCUGUUGAGAUUACUAAACAUCCACCAAGUGAAGAGGUCUUGCACACUCUUCUGGUCGAAGCAGAACACCUAGUCAACAGUCGUCCACUUCUUGAGUUGACGGAUUCUGGUGAAGUGCUGACUCCAAACCAUUUCCUCAUACAUCGGCAAUCUGGACUCACUCCUGGGGGGAUCUUUGAAGAUCAGGAUUUAAUCCUCCGCAAAGAAUGGAGAAAGUCUCAGCGCCUCGCCGAUCACUUUUGGCAAAUAUGGCGAAAACAUUAUGCUCCAACCUUGACCCACAGACCUAAGUGGAGAGAAUCUGGUCAACCAAUUAUUGAAGGAGAUAGAGUGGUCAUCAUGGAACCCAAUACAGAACGCAAUCAAUGGAUAUUUGGACGAGUCAUUAAAGCGAUCCCAGCGAUGGACGGACAUGCUCGAACCGCAACGAUUCGACUAGAAGACGGAAGUGAGUGUGUACGUCCGGUGACUCGCCUUGCUGUGAUUAGGCCACCUCCACUCGUUAUGGAUGAUGACGGAAUUGGGGAAUAG